AUGGACCCGAGCCGCUUCGUCCCAAAAGUCAGAGUCGAAGAGCUCAUGACCAUCGUCCGACGCAUGAUCCAAACAAAGGGUCAGCCGCACAUCGUCAUCCGCGAGGCGGUCACGCAACUCCUAUACAUAUCCGCCGUCCGCUGGUACACCAAGUCUUUCACUCAGAAACAGCUCAACGCAUUUGCUACGCAUGCAUCCCGAUAUUUUGAGCUCUACCUCCCCACAGGCUCCAUCGAGAUCGCCCAUACCCAACGAUAUACCCACCGCACAGGCAAAUCGGAAUUAUGCAUUCUCGCCACUCGCCCCCUCGCUCCCGGCACUGUCAUCACCGAGCUCAAAGGCUCCAUGGCUGACCUUACUGAGCAAGAAGACCAGGAGCUCAAGUCCGCCGAUCGCCGCCAGCCUUCUGGCGGUAUUCGUCGCGACUUCAGCGUCAUCCACUCCAAACAGCUCAAGAAGAACCAUCUCUUCUUAGGCCCGGCCCGGUUCGUCAACCAUGAUUGCGAUAACAAUUGCGAGCUCUUUCGCGAAGGGCGGUACAUCACGUUUCGCGUCAUCAGGCCUAUAGCCGUUGGUGAGGAGGUGACGGCACACUACGGAGAUGCUUACUUUGGGCGUGGCAACCGCCAUUGCCUCUGUGAAACGUGCGAACGCAACGGCGUGGGAGGC